AUAGAACCAUGCCAAGGUUGCAUCACCUCAUCUCAUCUUCUCUCUAGUCUUCUCAUUACAACCAACUCAUCGAUUUAAAUCUCAACUAUCAUCGACAUCCUAAUAUUCAGAGAGCACACUAUCAUGGUUCAAAAGAAGGGCAGCAAACCCGCACCCGUAAAAAAGGGGGCGAAAUCGACCACACAAAAGAAAAAGCCUGGGAACAGGAAAGAUAAAAAAGAUAAAACUGAGAAACAAAUCAAAGUCCCUAAUGUAGUUGUUCCCAACUUUGAGGUCUCUGACGAUAUCGAAAUUGAUGAAGAGGACAUCGAGUUCUUUAAAGCGAAUAGCCAGCUGUCUGGGUUUUUAAAUAAUAUGGAUGCCGUCAAAUUAGCAAAAAAUGAGAUUAUCAAGGCAAAGAAGAAAACAACAGUUGGGGCAUUGAAGAGAGGAUCUGUUCAGGAAACAGUAGACGAUAUAGAAUCAGAACCAGAAUCAGUAGACUCUGCGGAUAGUGACAUAGAGGGCAUGGACAUUGAUAUGGAUGAUGAUAGCGAUGGGGCUAUGUCAGAGGAUGAUGAAAUAGUAGAAAUGGCAGAUGGUCACUACGGAAGCUAUGAUGACGAUAGUGAAGAAGGUGAGGAUGAAAAAGAGCCUGGAGAUCUGGACUCGGAUGAAGAACAGGAUUAUGAGUUGGCACCUCGUAGGCCCGAAGGGUGGGCUGAAAAGAGCAGUAUGCGUCUGCCUAUUAAAUUGGCGGAUGGCCGCAUUAAGGAGGUUAAAGAUGAUCGCAUUCGACCAAGUGAAAUAAAGACUAAGGAAAAGGAGGAGGCCGAUGACACAGAAGACGAAGAGGUAGAAAUUGAAAGUAGUGACAUUGCUGAAGAUCAAAUAGAGAAAGCGCAAGUAGAUGAAGCCACGCCAGAGAAGAAGCUUCCCAAGAAGUUGAUCUUGGCCCAAAAGAAGGAGGAAAUGGCAUCUAUUGCUCAAACUAUUAUUGCUGAUCCGGAAUCAAAUCUUGGUGCACUCAAGAGGCUUAGAGCUUUGGCACAAGACCCCAGUGAUGUGAUAAAGAAGUUAGCCAUGUUAACACAAUUAGCCGUAUAUAAAGAUAUUUUACCAGGAUACAGGAUUCGUCCACUGACAGAGAAAGAGCAGGGCGUCACCGUCUCCAAGGAAGUAGCCAAGCUACGAGACUACGAACAAUCACUUCUUCAGAAUUAUCAACAUUAUCUUCAAAGCCUUGAAAAAAUUUUGUCGCAGGACAAGUCAGGGAAAGAAGACGAGGAUGAACAGGAAACGAACCAUACAACAGCAUCAUUGACUGCCCCUGCUCCUACUGCCAGCUCGCUUACUAAGGAUGAGUCUGCUAAAGAGGCAAAAGCUGAUUUAGCUACGGUCGCGCUCCACUGCAUGUGCAACUUACUGACAAGCUUGACACAUUUCAAUUUCCGUCUGAAUUUGAUGACUGCUCUGAUCGUCAGGAUGAGCCGGCGGCACUGGAGCGAACUUUCAGAGACUUGUAGCAAAGCGCUAAAAGAUGUUUUUACAGAAGAUGAAUCUGGAGAGGCAUCCUUGGAUGCUGUCAAACUUAUUACAAAAAUGAUAAAAUCCAAGUCGUAUUUAAUCCACCCCAAUGUAAUCAACGUCUUUUUAUCGCUCCGACUCAAAGAGGAGCUGCCAACACGCCAAGGUGGCGAAGAAGAUACCAAUACUAGGAAGAGGAAGAAAAAGGAAAAGGUUCACAUCAGCAAGAAAAACCGCAAAUUGUUGAAGGCUAAGAAGGAAGUUGAGAUUGAAAUGAAGGAAGCAGAGGCCGUUGUGGACAAAGAGGAAAAGAUGCGGGUGCAAACAGAAACAUUGAAGUUGGUUUUCGUGACUUAUUUUCGUAUACUCAAGCAUGCUCCGGGAUCAACGCUCUUACCAGCCGUGCUUGAAGGUCUUGCUAAGUUCGCUCAUUUGAUUAAUGUAGAGUUUUUCACAGAUCUAGUUGAGGUACUCAAGAGAAUCAUGAUCGGUGGUUCCGAAGUACAGCAGUUUGAUCCAUACAACCCCUCCAACCGCCGGACUCAAUUGCUCUGUAUUGUUACGGCUUUCCGAUUGCUUCAAGAUCAAGGAGAAGCUCUCAAUAUUGAUUUGAAAGCAUUUUAUAAUGAGUUCUAUACUACUUUAUUGACAGUGACUAUGAAUCCCGAUAUUGAAGGAAAUAUCUUCGAGGCAGCAGAGGCAUCGGCAAGGGAAAAGGAGAAACAAAAGCAGGCUUCUAAAGCUCAAUGGAAAGGCAAAAAUUCCAAGAAGACAGUAGAGGACGAAGUACUAGUGGUGUUUGACACGGACCGUGAGCUUAUUUUGAAGGGAUUUGAAUUGCUAUUCUUCUCUACAAAGGGUAAGAUUCCAGUAAUUCGAUCGGCAUCGUUCUUAAAGCGGAUUGCGAUUGCGUCCUUACAGUUCCCAAACAAAUCAAUGAAGGAUUUUUUGAGCAUCAUGAGGAGACUUAUUCAGAAGCAGCCACAAUUGGAUCAGUUGUUAACGGGCUCGGAUGAAGAUCGGGCAGGAAACGGAGUGUAUCAUCCAGCGCUCAAUGAUCCUGAGUUGUGCAACCCUAUGGCUGCCAAUCUAUGGGAAUUUGAGUUGAUGAAGUCGCAUUUCGAUCCAAAGGUGCGACAGAUGGCACGCGAACUAGCUGCGUUUACGCCGAGUGCAGGCCAGCGCACGCACGAUCGCACCAUCAGAUAGAAGCUAUCGCAUUGGUCCAUUGGCAUUUUCAAUCCACUAACCCACUAACCAUUUCAAUGC